AUAGGAUUAUGAUUUAUGAAAAUUAAAUUGAAACAAGGAAGAUUUAUCUGUUUUCUUGAUUCAUAGUUUCAUCAUACUAUUACACUAUAUUUAAAACAUGCUUUGGUUUAAAGGAUCCGUAUCAGAAGCUAUUGCUGAGUCAAGAAGGAUUGGAUCGUUAUUUAUUGUUUAUAUAAAAGGUAUGUAUCCAUUAUGAACUUGAUAACUUCUGACUGCUAUAAAAUAUGAUGUCAUAUAUAGUUUUUAUAUAAAAUGAAACUUUAGAGUAAAAAGCUUAAAUUACAGUAAAAUGUAUUAUCUACCCGUUAUGUAUAUUUAUGUAGUAGUUACUAGACUGCUAAAUAAUAUACCCCUGUACUUUGUAAAGGUGAUGAUGAACAGUCAAGGAAAAUGGAUUCUGUUUGGGAAAAUGAAAAGGUUGGCUUCAUAGUCUUAUAUAAAAUCAUGUUUUAAGUGAAUAUAAUCAUGGUUUAUGUUGAGGAUACACAUGUAAUUUUUUAUCGCACCAGCAGUGCAAUGGGGAAUAUAUGUAAUUGCAUUUAAUAAUUACACGAAACUGAUGAAAGUAGAAAUUGCCUGAUUGUGUAUCAUAUUCUGUGUGGCAAUCAGCAAUGCAAUACUUUCUUUCACUAAUUUCCUCACAAUUACUUCCUUGGCCUGGGAAUCAUGAAUUCGCUCACAAGUUAUGAGAAUGAGGCUCCACGCUUGGCCACUUGCAGGCGCAAGGAGUUCAAAAUUCAUAACAUAAUUAUUGAAAGGGUGUAUUUAUUUAUUUAUUUUUGUUUUAAUUGUAUUAUUUUUAUUUAUUUAUUUAUUUUAAAGUUUUCGCCUAUACAUACAAAAAAAAGAUAAAAUAUAGAAUUACAGAAAUAGGGCUAGAGGUCUACUAGAAACCAAACUAAGGCUUUUGAUUAAUUAAGACCUCUAGGUCAUAAGUAUUUGAUUAUUUACAUUGAUGGUCAGAACUUAAAGUAAGUUAAUAGAAAAUAAAGAUGAAUUUGAAGAAUUUUUAUAUAUUUUUUCAAUGUGCAAUAGGAUUUGAAAUUUUUUAAGUCAGUAUUUAACUCAUUCCAGAUGUUUACACCCUUAUUGUGGAGUGAAAUUAUUAUUUACCCUUAUUGUGGAGUGUAUUGUAAAUUGAUGCCUUCGGCCAUAAUAGGCCAUGGGCUGUUGUGGGAAAAAGUGCUUAGAAUAGCACUUUUGUGGCACCCUGGGGAAUAGAUUUUCUGUGGUUCAAUGCAUAGUACCAUAGAUGCUCAAUUACCAAAAAAGUUCCCGGCAAGCAAAAAACUUGCCCAAUACCGAGAAAAUGGGUGAUCAGUGAUUAUCCUCUAUUAAAUUGUAUUACGGUACUGACAGCAAGAAAAUGUGAAAUUUUGUAUUCAAUUACAACAAAAAUGACUUGAUCAGAAAGCUUACAAAAACCUACACAAGUCAUACAGUAAGACAUUUAAACAGUUUUUUUAUAUCUCAAAUUGUUUUUGAGUUAUAUGCUCUAGCUUAUUGUGGCAUUUUGUCCCAAUUAAAAACAGCAAUAUAAUAUAACUCAAAGACUUUUUUGUAUGUUUUCUGAUGAUGCAAGUCAUUUUUAUUGAAUUGAUCACCCAUUUCCUCGGUAUUGGGCAAAGUUUUUGCUUCCAAGGAACUUUUUUUGGUAGUAAUGUACCUAGUAUAUUCCCACAUGGGUGCCAUGAAGCAAAAUAAUUUUGGCCAAUGGCCCACAGCCUAUAAUUGAUUAAUUGAUAAAAUUUAUAAUUAUAUGUACAUACCUUUAUUUAGAUAAAGGAUGUUUGUGUAUCAGAUUGCACUGCCAUACAAUUACUUGCUGAUAGGUAAAAUUAUAACAUCCUUUAUUAUUAUCACCCAUAUGUUGUGCCCAUUACUCUCUCCUUGAUGAGUGAGUGAAAUCGUCUGGUGUUGGACAGGGUAAAAUAAUGAGUAUGGAGGUCAGGCCUCGAAUUUCCCUGAAAUCAAUCAACGGCAAUGGCGUUAAAGAUUGCCGUAGAACGUAACAUCUGUUGAUGGCAAUUUUGACAGUUUCCACGGCAUUUUUCAAAUUACUGUAAUAAAACUUUAAUUUUAUUGUUAUUUUUCGAAAAAAACUGAGACUAAAAUAGUGAUUUACACAUGAUUUGAUCAACAUCUGAAUUCAAGUAUCAAAAUAGUAAUGCACAGUGAAUAGUAUAAAAAUUGCACUAUACGGCAAAAAAUUGCCGUUGUUGCCGCAAUGAUCCACAGCAUUUUGUUCUCCCUCUACGGCAAUUGCUGCGAUUGCCGUGAUAAAAUUCGAGCCCUGAUGGAAGUACUCUCUCAAGGUGUUAAAUUUUAAUUAUCAGUCAAUCACUAAUAAAAAUUUUUUUUAAUUUUAAUGAUUCGCCCAUGAUAUUAGAUGAUUCUUGUCAUAAUAUUUUGUUUUCUACAGCAAUGAACUCAAACAAUUCGCAUCAAUUUGUAUCCUUUGCUGCAUAUUGUCAGGUGUAUUUAAACAAUGUAAAGUAAUUCAGACUUAUUUGGGCAUAUUGCAUGUUAAAAGAUUUUUAUUUAUUUAUUUAUUUAGCUUUGCCAAUGGCAGGGUCACCACAACAGCAUAUGCCAAUUACUGUUGGCCCUUUUUACCUGACCCACCCUGUCAACCUUCCCUGUGGGAGGAAAUCGAAGUACCCGGAGAAAACCCACGACUUUCAACAGAGCGUUGACUUUUUCUCCCUUCACACGAGGACUGGGUUCAAGUCGCAUAGAGAAAGUUCCCACUGAGACUUGAACCUGCGACCUUAGAGGUGAAAGGGAAGUGCGCUAACCACUUCGCCACUGAAGCCCCUUACUCAAAUCGAUUUGGAGAUUGAAAGGUCACGUGACUGCAUGGAAAACGGGAGACUCUGAUCAAAGCGUGAUGGUAGGAACCUUUGUUUUGAUCAUCCAAUCCACCUCAAGAUGCAUUGUAAAUGUGUAAAAAUAUUUAUAAGCUCUGUUAAUUUAUAGGCUACAGUAUAUGUGCUUUUAACACAUCAUUUACAAUGCAUCUUGAGGUGGAUUAGGUAAUCAAAACAAAGGUUCCUACCAUCACGGUUUGAUCAGGGUCUCCUGAUUUCCAUGCAGUGACCUUUCAAUCUCCAAAUUGAUUUGAGUUUGAACCACAGAUGGAUUUUCAGAUUUUGCUCGGGGGGGGGGGGAUUGAAGGGGGGAUGUGAGUGAGCAAGCUGCAGCAGGGGUCUGCCCCCCUGACAAAAUUUUUGGUCUUAAUUUACAUAGUUCAAAAUCCUUGUUAGUCUUAUUUCAAUCACAUUACUGUCAUUUGAUCCAAUAAGCAUUUAAAUUUUUGAGGGGGUGCAAAUUUCUCUAGAUGGGAUGGGAAAACUUUGUGAGGUGUGCAAAAUAUUUUGGGGGUGCACACUCCCCUGCACUCCUGCAGAAAACCUAUCUAUGGUUUAACCUCCCAAUUUUUCAGAAAGAUUACAAAAAUCAGUUUAAAAAACCUUUCUGGUUAAAAAUGUAUGCACAGUGUAUGUUGCCUUUUACAGUAUGGUUAGCAAUUUAUAAUUAUUACAUUUUUAAAAUAAAAAUGAACAACUACUGUAUGUAUAAAAACUGUUAAAAUUGGUAACAAAAUUUUAAAAAUAUUUGAAGUGAGUCUUUGCCAAAGACAUUCUGGAGGCAAAGUACAAAGGUUUGAAAAAAUUGCCAACCGACCAAUUUUAGGGUAUCUACAGAGUACAAUAUCGUUGGAAAAAGGAAAUUUGUAAAUAAUUAAUCUUAACUGCAUUGUAUCAGAUCCUGUUGUGUGCAUUCCUUGCACAUAUCUUCUUGAUGGUGCUGGCACACCAUUGGAGAUUAUUGCUGUAUCACUGCCUGCUGAACAGUUUUUAGACAAAAUUCAACAAACAAUUCAGGUACUUUAUUUAAGCUUUGUUGUAGCAUGAGUAGAUAUAAUCAUGUAUAAUGUUGAAGGGUUUUUGUAGAUGGAAAUCUCAAGUGUAAAUUUUAUACAUUUUUUAGACCUAACCAGUUGCGAAUCCUGAUAUUUAUAGAUAAUCAUAUAAAUCCUGAUAAUCAUAUAAAUCCUGAUAAUCGCAUAUUGUAGUUAUGACAGGUUUAAACUUGUUUUGCACUUCAACCGUAUCGUACCGUAGUAUUUUCUUUUGUGUCGAAGUCAUUUAGUUCCACACACCACUCAGGAAACAAAGAAACGUAGCGACGUUUCGGUACGAUAGGAUUGAAGUGGAAAACUAGCUUUAUGGCAUGUGGACCGUGUGAUACAAUUUUAGCACUACCCUCGGCUCUGAUCCCUGCACUCUCUUAAUAUGUACUAUAUUAAUGCAUGCUAAAAUUAAUUGUACUCAAAAUUAGAGAAACCACAGUCAGUCAGUUGCCUCCAAUGCAUAUCAUACGAGAAUUUAAUUAACAUAAUAUAUGAAACAUUGCCAAAAAAUAGUAAAAUACCCGGUGUAGUCUUUAAAUGUAGGUUUACAUAAUUGGUACGGAACGCCUAAUUGUAACAUUGACCUUCCAUGGUUUGAGCAAUUUUCGAUGAGAUCUCGGGGGCGUAAAAACUACAAAUCUAGGGUCAGGGGUGCAAAUCAGUUCCUAGGUGCAGCCACGCUCUGGGGCAGCACAUCAAGAGCUAGUCAACAUGACCAAAUGGGUUAUGAAAACAAUGAAAUUUCGAGGGUUUGGAAUCACUUUCCAGGAGCCCUAAAAUUUUUCUCUGAAAAAAUGUCUUCUUUGAUUAAGUCACUGAUCUUGUUUUCCUAUAGAAACAUCGAGCUCAAUUUCCUAAAGUGGAACGUCGUUCUCAGGCAGAAGUCAAGCCAGUAUCUUCACCAAGCACCUUGUUACAAUCCGGUGCAUCUACGAGCAAUGGACCAGUAUGUUGAAAGUGCCUCAUUAUGUUUAAAAUCAUUAAAAUACAAAUUUUUAUCAACACGGACGUCUGAGUGCCGAGGAGAGUCUGAAACUGUUUUUGUGUCAGUUUGUGGUAAUCUUCAACAUAUAUGAGAAUUUUAAAGUUUUUUGCUUCCUGCACGAGCGCUAUGAUGCAAAAUGCCGCCAAAAUUAGUUACACCUAUUUUUGGGUGACGUCCAUGUUAACGAAAACGUCUCUUGCUUAAGCUAUUACUAAAGAAAACCUCAAAGACAUUAAGAUAACCGAGGAUUUGGUGCAUGUUCUACAUGCAACGUCUCUUGCUUAAGCUAUUACUAAAGAAAACCUCAAAGACAUUAAGAUAACCGAGGAUUUGGUGCAUGUUCUACAUGCAUGUUCUACAUGCAACGUCUCUUGCUUAAGCUAUUACUAAAGAAAACCUCAAAGACAUUAAGAUAACCGAGGAUUUGGUGCAUGUUCUACAUGCAUGUUCUACAUGCAACGUCUCUUGCUUAAGCUAUUACUAAAGAAAACCUCAAAGACAUUAAGAUAACCGAGGAUUUGGUGCAUGUUCUACAUGCAUGUUCUACAUGCAACGUCUCUUGCUUAAGCUAUUACUAAAGAAAACCUCAAAUACAUUAAUAUAACCGAGGAUUUGGUGCAUGUUCUACAUGCAUGUUCUACAUGCAACGUCUCUUGCUUAAGCUAUUACUAAAGAAAGCCUCAAAGACAUUAAGAUAACCGAGGAUUUGGUGCAUGUUCUACAUGCAACGUCUCUUGCUUAAGCUAUUGCUAAAGAAAACCUCAAAGACAUUAAGAUAACCGAGGAUUUGGUGCAUGUUCUACAUGCAACGUCUCUUGCUUAAGCUAUUACUAAAGAAAACCUCAAAGACAUUAAGAUAACCGAGGAUUUGGUGCAUGUUCUACAUGUGGAGAUCAACUCUGUGGACUGUGGAGAGCAACUCUGUGGACUGGGAUGGAGAAACUUAUUGUGAUUUUUGGUUAGCCAGUCAUUUAUCUCCUUCCACCUCAGUCCUAUUGUAUAUAUAUAUGCAAAUAUGCAAUAUUAUCAAGUAUCUUCAUUAGUUGACAAAAUUUGUUGGCCAAGAGACAGUGCAUGCAUUGUUCACUAUAUAUUGCUAAAAUCUAUACUGUACUUACUCCCAUAGCUGGUGGUGAUAAUAGAUUUGUGUCAUUAAAUGUAGGCAAUUCCCAUACAGUCUCGCCAUUUGUGUUAUUGUAGUAUAUUCUGCCUUCCUCAUCUUUUGAUGACUGCCACUUUUACGAAAGAAAUUUAUGACAGAUUAUAAUACAAAAUGCUUAUCUUAUGCAGUAAACUUACAGUAACAUGAAUAUCAAGGCCAAUUAAUUUUAAUACAAUAUUAUGUAUAUUCAAUACACAAAGUUCCAGUAUUGGAACAUCGAAUACAUGGGUAAAUAACUUAUGGAGAAACUUAUUCUUUGAUUGAUUUUUAGAUUGAAGGAAGAGAGAACUCUGAACAAACUUUGGAUGAUAGAGUUGCAAGGUUAAAUAUCUGUUUGUGUCACUGAAUUGCCAUUGUUUUUUUUUUAUGAGAAGUUGAGUUCAAACUGUCCAAGCUAGGGUUAGGGGUUCGUGUUAGGGAUGAAAUUGGAUGAGAUUGAAAAUGUUUACGUUUAAUAAUUGUUGGUAAUAUACCUGUAUAUAUAUAGGGAACGUAUUAUAUGCCUGAUUAAACUCAAACUCGACAUAAAUUCAUGUAUUAUAACAUCCCUUCAACACCUCUACUUACAGUAUCUACGAUAGAAACUUCAUACUGAUAUAAACGUUUCGUUGGGGAAGUACCUACAGCAUUUAUAGUUAACAUAUAUAUUCUCUGUCGAGCCACGUGAGCUUAUUUUAGGGACCUUGCAACGCUUACUUACUGCCGUUGAAACUAACAAUGAAUUCCAGAAAAAUGUUUCAGUUGUGUUUAAUAGAUAGGGCACUGGGCUUGUUUGAGAUGUCUUGCAUAUUACUGUAUGCUUCUUAGAGCAAAGAAAUUAAUUGAAGAUAAGAAGAAAGAGAAAGCAGAAAAAGAAAAGGAGGUUGGAUGUUUUAUAUAAUGUAUUUACUUAUGCCCAUCACACCAUCUAGGGUAUAGGCCAUGAACAACGGUCCUUUGUCCUGGAACUUUAUAUAAUAAAGGUCGGAACAAAAGUCCGAUUAAAAGUUCUGUCUUGAAACUCAAGGUUUGAGAAAAAAUAAGAGGAGAGAAAAAUUUCAAUGUGCUAUUUCGAAUUUAUUAAGAAUUCAUUGUCAGACAAUUUCUGCUAGCAUGCCAAUUUGAUAGACAGCUUUGACAGAGCUGAUUGCGCUAUCCAGUUUUAAUUAUAAAGAAUGUAAGUUUAGUUUAGCUUAAUUAAGUACUGGGUUAUAACUUUCUCCACCAGGAUGCACGACGAAAGGAAGCAGAAAGAAGAAAAGAAGGACAUGCGUUAUCAAAAGCAAAAGCAGAAAAAGAGGAAAUGCUUGCUCAACAAAUGGCGGAGAGGAUAAGAACUGAGAAGGCAAAAGACAAGGCCGCAAAAGAAGCCAUACGGCAGAAGAUUGCACAAGACAGAGCAGAACGAGCUGCAAGGGAGGAUGUACAAAAACGAGAAAGACAGCAUGUAGCAGCGAGGAUAGACCCGAGAUUAGAUCGGAAUGAAGCCAAUGUACAUUGGUAAAUGUAGUUUAAAGGCCGUUUUUCACUAGGCGGAAUUUUCCACGCGGAGCGGAAUUUUUCUUUGUCUUGUAAUUUCUCGUGUGGAACUAAUUAAAAAAGACAAAGAGAAAUUCCGCUCUGCGCGGAAAAUUCGGCCUAGUGGAAAAUGGCCUUAAUGUUUCUUAAUUCUCGCGUAAUUUUCAUCCCUGAAUGGGUAACGAUGAAUAUUAAUUGUUCUAAGGGUGGGGGGUGGGGAGGUUGGCCAAAUUUUAUCUCUCCUGUUAACUGUAUUUUCUUUUUUAGUUCGGAAGUUCGUCUUCAGUUUCGUCUACCUGAUGGUAGUUCAGUGACGCAAAAUUUUCCUCCUGACGCUCUCCUUGACACAGCAAGAGAAUUUAUUUGUUCGGUUCGUAUGUCUCCUAAGGCCCAACAGACCCUGUGAUUCCGUUUUCCCGACCGAGUCUCCUUCUGCUGACCUUAUUAUUUAUGUGGUUGGCUUGUUUACCAACCGUCCCUAUUUUUUAUACCAUGCCCACUAUAAGGCCCGUUUCAGACGGCGUACUCUUCAUGUGCCGAACUUAAUUGAUGAAUUAGGUACGGCAGAAGAGCGGCGUAUGAAUCAAUUAAGUACGGCAGAAUUUGGAGCGGCAAAAGUUCGACACAAGUUCGGCAGAGCUUGUCGCAUUAUGCGACGUUGGAGCGACAUUGAUUCAUACGCCGCUCUACUCAAUACUCAUGUGCCAAACUUAACUCAACUUUAGUCUAAAAAUAAACUUAUUUAUUUUGAAUUUUAUUGAGGUUUCGCUGACAAAUGCGCCCCAACCUUGUCAAUAUAUAUAACAUAGUAUUUGGUACGCCGUUUGAAUCACUGCCGUUCUUGUGUCGCAUCUAAUACAAUUAAGUUCGGCACAUGAAGAGUACGCCGUCUGAAACGGGCCUGAGACCGGUAUAUUGCGUUUUUUUGUCUUAUUACUCGUAAUUGCGUAAUAAGUGUACAAGUUGCACGGGCAUGUUGGACAGGUAAAAACGGUGAAACGUUUAUCAUAAUUGCAAAAUUGAUGCAAUGCGUAUGUUAUACUCCUGGCGAAUUAUGCACACAUAAGCACGCACAAGCAAAGCAACAAGGUAAUAAGCAUGCAGGGGAAUAAACACACAUAAGCAAGCAAUAGUGUAACAGGGUAACAAGGUAAUAAGCACGCAGGGAGUAAACACACACAAGCAAAGCAAUAAGGUAAUAAGCAUGCAGGGGAAUAAGCACACAUAAGCAAGCAAUAAGGUAACAGGGUAAUAAGGUAAUAAGCAUGCAGGGAGUAAACACACGCAAGCAAAGCAAUAAGGUGAUACGGGUAAUAAGGUAAUAUGCAUGCAGGGAGUAAACACACACACACACAAGCAAGAGCAAAUAACUAACGGUCUUAAAACAGGCAUCAUUUGCUAUUUUUUUCGUUGCUUGCUUUAUGAUACACCCAAGAAUGGCGUCCGUUGUCCACAGUUAUUGCUCCUUGAAAUGUUUAUGUGUUGUGACAAUGCCAAGUGAUCACACUCAUUGCCACUGCUGACCGAUGUCAAACAAAAAUUUUAAAAAUUAAUUUCCGAACUACAUAGUAGCAUAUUUUUCGGGAUAUGAAACCGGAACCACAGGUUUUUUGUUAGGUCUAAUGAAUAUAUUUUUGUAAUUUGAAACACACUGUGAUGCGAUCUCCUAAAUUUAGGAGCUGAAAUAAGUGACUGUGAGCUGAAAUAAGUGACUGUGAUCUCCUAAAUUUGGGAGCUGAAAUAAGUGACUUUGCAUCGGAGCUGAAAUAAGUGACAUGCUGCAUGAUUAACUUUGUAACUAAGUUUUAAUAAUUUUGAAAGCCUAAUAAGUUUUUAAUUAAUGAAGUAAAUUUGCACUGAACUUGAAAACUGGAUGAGAGGUUUUAAUGAAAUUGCAGAAACUGAUAUUUGUAAUAUAGGCACUCAUUGUUGAAGGAUUUUGUAGAUGGAAAUUUCGAGUAUAUGAUUUUUAUUUAUUAGACCUAGCAAGAGCAGUUCCUGCCAGAGGGCUUAUAGUUGAAUUUUUCGCAACUUUUCCUGGUUAGGUCUAAUAAAUAUAUAAAAUUUUUACUCGAAAUUUUCAUCUACAAAAUCCUCCAACAAUUAGUUCUAUAUCGAGUGAGAUGCCUAAAAUCGUGAUAUUUUUAGUAUAAGCACUCCCCAAUAUUUUGCAAAGUGUCUGUUGCUCUUUUUAAUCGACCCUUUUAUAUCAUUAUUCAGCGAAUUAAUUCUCAAAAACAAGUGACAUUUUGGACCACGUUUCCCCGUAAACACCUUGGGGUAGAAGAUUUUACGAAAACUCUGAGUGAACUUGGUCUGGCUCCGAGUGCAGCUUUGAUUGUUGAUCUGGUAAGAUUCACUACCACUUGUACAUACAUACAACCGCUAGGAGACUGAUUUCCAUGAGGGGCGUGAAAUAUAGAAUUAACUAUUUACAAAAAAUAAAGAAAUAUGAAAAAAAAGAUAAAAUAAGACUAUACUGCGGGAAAAGGGAACAAGAGAAUACAAUGAUUUUUAAGCACGAUCAUACACGAGCAAGUUUCAACUCAUUCUUUGUUUUAAUAGAGAAUGAGUUGAAAUGUAGUUGUAUAUUAUCUACACUUGUGUGACCUUUGUAGAUAAUACAACUGCUUGAUAAUUAUAAAAAUAAUAUAAUAACGACCUUCCAGCGAAGGCACUUCGUCUGGACAUUAGUAACAUAUAGUUAGGGCCAUCGCUUGAAAUGUGAAGUUCUUUUUAUAUUUUUCAGGUAAUUGUAUAAUCUGCAAAAGUUCGCAGUUUGUAUUCUUCACUACCUAUACAGUAUAUACUGGCACCACCGUUCGUGAUUUUAUCAUAUGUGUGGUGUAUCUAUACAUUAAAGCCUGGUUUCCAUAUGGUCGUAACGGUCGUAAAAAUUGAGUCACGAUCUUUCUCAUCAGCCGAAGUACAACAUUUUAGAACUGAAAAUACGCGGAGUGAUUAUAACUAGAGAAUAUACUUAUGAUUUAUAUAUGGUUUACAGGUAUAAACCUUUGAGAAAGAUCGUGACUCUAUUUUUACGACCAUCACGACCAUAUGAAAACCAGGCUCAAUUAUCAUAAACAUUCUUUGCAAAAUAUGCAGCAUGAGCGACUGUGUUGUAUCAGAUAUUUAAUAAGCAUGUGAAACGCAUGAAGGACCUAACUAGCCGUGUGCUUUCAAGCAAUUAUUAAAAAAGUGAUUUCAACUGAGAAAAUUGAAGAAAACGUUUAUGCAAAUCAGGAGAAUGCUGUGUAACACUGGAAUUUUUUUUCAAAAUCUUUAUUGUGGAAAUAGUAUGGAAAUUUGUUGAAAAUAGUAUGGAAAUCCUAUUUUCAUACUAAUUGCAAUUUCCAUAUUAUGGAUACAUUAUGGAAAUAGUAUGGAUAUAUGCUGUAUACUAUGGACUUACUGUAGUGAUGCAAUUGCAAAUCCCAUUGUAUGGAUUUCACUCUUUUUUCCAGUGUAAUGUGGAUACACCAGAACCAUUAUACAUUUCCUUUUAACUUCCCAUAAAUACUUUCCACAUCAGUGAAAUCUGGAGUCGCUCUAACGCCUUCAACACCGAUUAAGAGCACUUUUCAUAACACCGAGUAAGAGCACUUUUCAUAAAGUUAAUGUCUUUAUAUAUAAAUUAAGAGCGUUGUACAUUCUAUAAGUGGGUUUCACUAAGCACUAUAUUAUCAUGGAACAGAAAGUGGUCAAUCGAUAGUUAUCAGAGUUUGAAAAUGAUCUUAUUUUUCCCCUUCAAAAAUAGGAACCGGUGCCAUGCGGGGGAGGCUACAAUCCUGAACAAAACAUUUCUAAUGCGACAUGCGACUAAUUAUUUUACCAACUUUCGUAAUAUCCCAAAUUUGGGAAACCUCCCCGUUACCCCCACCAUUCAAUGUUCAUUGCAUUCCCAGAAUACGGUUAGGGAGCGAGUAAAUUAUUCUGGUCUAAUAGCAAAAGAAAGCCACACAGAAAUGUUUUAAUAGACUGUCACUGCUGGUUUUGACCAGAUUGUAGGUUCGCCCGAUGAACAUACUUAUAAAUGUAAUUGAAAUAUUAUAGACAUCAAGUACCUCAAGCAGUUCUCGUGGAUCAAACAGUUCGUCAUCUGUAACUUCACUUCUCUCACUCAUCUUGGCGCCGCUCUUGGCUUUGGUUUCAUUUAUCAAAUUGCUUUUGUUCGCGUCACCACAACAGCCCCGAGGAGCUGUACAGCAAGAUACAAACCAAGCAACAACAAGUACUACAGCGAGGUAAUUAGUUAUUAUAAAUAAAUUAAUGUAACAUAUGUUGUGGUAAUAUAAGCUAUUGUAAAGUACCACGUCAAUUUUUAUCAUUUUAUUUUGGAAAUGUGUUAAACGUUAACUUAUUUUGAAGAUGAAUUUUGAAACAAAAUUGGAUUUGCGUUAAAAAGUGAAUUCUGCAUUACUAAGGAACCAAUUCACAACAUUUCUAACGUAGGCUACUACGGUAGACAUUUAUUGCUUUCUGGUAUCUUUAAAAGUAUUUCCAUUCCAUUUUAAGAAAGUUUCGGAUUGAUAGGGAUACAACUACCCGAAAAAAACAAAGAGAACUUCGACGUUUCGAGCGAAGCCUUCGUCGCUAUACUAACUUCUCGACGAAUAGCCUUCACUCGAAAGUCCAAGUUCUCCAUGUAUUUUUCAGGUAGUUGCAUCCCCAACAACCCGAAGCUUUCUUAUUAUUGGCAUUCCGAAGUUGAUGGGUGGACUGGGGACGAGUGUUAAAAAGUGCCCAAAUUAAGAAAUGAACCAAAUCACUAAAAAGACCACCUCAAAAUUAAUAAGUACACAAAAUUUGAAACCGUUUACAUGAAUACCCUUCGAAUAAUAAGCUUUUGAAAAUUGUGAAAUUACUGAUUAAAAGAUUGUUUUUGGGACGCGCGUCCCCAAAAACAAAAAUAGGCACGCUAAGCGUGCAUGUGGCUACCGCUUGCACCCAUAGGAAAAAAAGAUCAAAGUGCCGACACAAGCACACUCCCAGAAAUUAAGAAAUUUUUGUGAUACCCCUCAGAAAAAACGCAAAGAUCAAAGGAUGCCGAUGCACACAACCCCUCAGAAAUGGCUUUUUCAAACCCCCGUCACAUUAAAUGGAAUGGCCCAUUUUAUUUUUAAAAUAGUAACUAAGCUGACAGUAUUUACGUGAAAAAUUUCAACUUUUAAAUUAUAACUACUUACCUUCUAUAUAUUACGAUAAUACCAGACCUCUUCAGGAACCAGUUGGAAAACACAAAAAGGAACCAGUUGGAAAACGUAUUAAAGAUAUAAAUAUAAACACAGUAUUAUUAUUAUAAACUAUAUGACAGAUGCAUGCUCGCGAGCGCUUGUCGAUAUCGGUCGACGGUUCCCGACCGUGACAUAAAUGCAGUCCAAACCCCUCAAGCACUCGCUGACUAUAUGGCUACACAAAAAUUACAGUACAUUUCAUAGUAAAUAUCGCGAUUUUCGAAAGAUUAUUCGAAGGGUAUUCAUGUAAACGUCCUCAAACUUUGUAUACUUACUAAUUUUGAGGUGGUCUUUUUAGUGAUUUGGUUCAUUUCUUAAUUUGGGCACUUUUUAACACUCGUCCCCAGCCCUCUCAUCAACUUCAGAAUGGCUAAUUAUUGGCACAACUUGCACUGGCACAGACCGUUCAAGAUUAUACCAUUCAAUUUUAGGUUUAUGUUACCACAGGAAGUCUGAGUCAUCAUUCUGUAAACUUCUUUAUUUUCAGUUCGUCUUCAUCGCCUGCGGCAUCUGAAGUACGUAAAAGAACACGAGAUGAUCAAAAUGAAGACCGCUUCAAGAAAGAUGGAAAGAUUCAUUCUUUUAAACAGUCUGACAACGAUGACGAUGAGAACAACACAUGGAAUGGAAAUUCAACGCAGCAAAUGUGACAUUUAAUGCAAAUAAUGAACGUGGCAAUGUAGUUGUAGAAAUUUUUGGAGCCCAAUAUGUAGAAAUUUGAGUUCCUUUCUCGGGUACAAGAACUUUGGAUGAUUAUUUUUUCACGUUAUUUUUUCGAGUUGGUACUUUUUCUUUGCGGGGUAAAUACGGCUUAUUGAUAUGGGGUUUUCCUUUGCAAGCUUUUAGAAAACUUGCAGACCAUUAAUCUGUGCCAUUGUUUUUAUUCUACCCGAGAAACCACCAAGAUCCAGAAAUGUAGGUCUGCUAUCAUAUGGAAUUGUAACUCGUGAAACUGAGAACAUUUGUGUCCGUUAGGACAAUACAAAAAGGCACAUAUAAUUAUAUACUCUCAGAUUGCCAACCAAAUGUAUUUGAUUUUAUCCGUUUUCUGUCACGUAUUCAUUACCAAUUGCGCCUGCACAAAUAUCGUAACCAGUAAAUAAAUACCAAUUGAGGAAAUUGUAUUCAUUGAAGUGACUUAGUCAAUUCUUCAAUAAAAUCAGGAUCUUGAAAAAGGCA